GUGUGUCAGAAUGAGUGGGCAGGCAGGGAGGGAGGGACUCAGAAAGUGAAGUUGUUCUGCCUUCUCUCAGUCUGGGAGAGUUUAUGUUACAGCGACAGUCGCGUGUGUCUGACGCUGUGUAAGUGUGUGUGUGUGUCGGAGAGAGAGAGAGGGGAGUGUUUGGUCUACGGCUGGGACACAUUAAUGCGAGGCAGAAAUCACGCCUGGCUGCUGCUGUGAAGUGUUUGAAGGUUUAGGCAGCGGAGGCCAAUGUGAGAGUCAGCGAGGACCAGUCUUGGAAUUGCAUCCAGUUGGAGCUACGAUGUCGUCGUACAAUGUCAAACUGAGGAGAGUCACAGCAACAGACUAUGACACCCAGAUCAAAGAGAUUCGUAAUCAGCUGGCGGAGCAGCUGCGUGUGUUUGAUUCUCACCUGGAGCAGAACAGUCAGGUGCUGCAGGAUUUGAGUGAUUACUUGCGCAGACGGGGAGAGAUUGAGGGUGAAUACGCACGAUCUCUGGAUAAACUUGCCGACAAGUUUGCUUCCAAAAUCAAAAAGAAGGAGUGCAGUAGUCAGUCCGUGGUGCAGUGCUGGCAGACCCUGUUGUCUCAGACGCGGCAGGAGAGUAAAGAUCACAGCACGCUGAGUGACAGCUGUGGCUCCACUCUACCUCAGCAGCUCUCCCGUUGUCUAGAGCAUGUUCAGCGUCUGGCUAAGAGAAGUAGAGACAUUGGCUCCCAGUUACAGGAAGAACUGCUGAAGGUCACGUCAGAAAUGCAAACUACACUGAAGACAUAUUCCCAGUACCACGCGGAGUACAUGUCAGCUGAGAUGAAGCUGAAGGAAGCUGCCAAACAGGAAGAGAAACAGAAACAAAGUGCAGCUAAGAAGAUCGAGAGACUCAUAGAGAAAAGGCAAUGUAAAGUUCAAGAAACGCAGCUGAAAUGCACCAAAGCACGUAAUGAUUAUCUGCUCAAUCUGGAGGCAGCAAAUGCUUCCAUGAACAGAUAUUACCUGCAUGAUCUCUCUGCCGUCUUUGACUGCAGUGAUUUAGGUUUUCACCAGUCCCUGUUCCAAGUGCUCCAGAUUUACCUGUCCAGACGCCUGCAGGCCCACCAGAACCUGGGCUCUGGACUGCAGCAGUUGGCCUCUGCUCAAUCUGGCCUAGACCAGAGCCAUGACCGGGAUGCGCUGAUGCAGGCUCACGAGACCACCUUCUGCCUGCCACUGCGGUUUCAGUACCAACCUCAUGAGGGAGACCAGGUGUGUGAGGUGUGUGGAGAUUAUGAGAUGAAGACUGAGCUUGAGACACGCUUCCUUCAGCUGCAGACCAGACUCUCCUUGAAAGAAAACGAAGAGGUCACUAAGGUGCUUGAGGCUGCUCACUCUGCCCUGGUGGACUGCGUUACUGAGGACAUUUUUGGAUCCACCCCUGAACUCACUGCCAGCCAGUCGAUGGAGAAUAUUAGUGAAAUCUCAAAUAAUAAGAUCAAUCAAGCAAAGCGUAGAUCCACUUUUCAAGAGACAGAGGACUCCUACUUUAUGAAAGUUAAGGACCAUCUUAUUAAUGACUUGUUGAUGUCAAAACAAAAGGCAAAACACAACCUUCUCGAAGUGGCCAUACAGAAAGCUGAAACUCUUGGCAGCCAUCAUCACAGGAAACAUUCCAGGAGAUCUGUCCGUCAGAGAAAGAAUCAGAGCACUAUCGGCCAGAGUCAUAUCAGCCAGAAACCCUUCUCUGCAGACAUGCUUUCCUACAUCCAGGCGUCUGAACAGCCGAUUCCUCUGGUGGUGGAGAGCUGCAUCAGAUUUAUUAACCUCAAUGGUCUGCACCAUGAGGGGAUCUUCCGAGUGUCAGGCUCGCAGCUGGAAAUCAAUCGACUGAGAGACGCCUUUGAAAGCGGAGAUGACCCUUUGGCAGAUGACGUGUGUGACAUGGAUACAGUGGCUUGUGUGCUAAAGCUGUAUUUCAGAGGAAUGGAAAACCCUCUCUUUCCUAAGGACAGCUUUGAGCAGUUAAUGGAAUGUGGACGAUUAGAAGAUGACGCAGAGAAAGCAGCUCAGUUAAAAACAGUCAUCCUUUCCUACCCUCCCCCACUCAUUGUUGUGAUGAGAUACCUCUUUACAUUCCUCAACCAUGUCUCCCAGUAUAGCGAUGAGAACAUGAUGCAGCCCUACAACCUGGCCGUGUGUUUUGGGCCCAGUCUGAUAAGAGGACCUGAGGAUGCAGACGCAGCCACCCUCCAGCAGAUCAAUGCCCUGGUCAAAACAAUCAUCAUCCAACAUGAAAGCAUCUUCCCCAGCCAGAGUGACUUAGAGGGACCAGUCUAUGAGAUGUGCAUGACACUAGAGCAAGAGGAUAUUGAGCCUGCUGUAGAGGAGGGAGAGGUGGAAUCAGAUGCGUCUCCAAACAAAGAAGCCAAGGAGGAGCUGGAAGCAGUGGCUUUGUUUGACUACACAGCGCGUUCAUCUGCUGAGCUGUCCUUCAAGCAGGGCGAGCAUCUCAUACUUCACAGCAAAGCCUCCUCUGAUUGGUGGAGAGGGGAAGUAAAUGGCUCAAAGGGUCUUAUCCCAAUUAAAUACAUCACUGUGCCCAGUGUGGAGGGAGGGCAGAACCACAAAGAGGCUAAUAGAACCAGUAGUGGAGGAAGCCAGACAGAGGAGCAGCCAACUGGGCCGAACCCCAUGCGGCUCAAGGCGUUAAGUGACAAGCCUGGAUCUGGUGCUGGCCCUGCUCUUGGAGGAAAGAUCACCUUACAGAUACCUACAGGACAGCCCCUUUGGCCAUCCACUUCUCCGGGGGCUUUACGUAAAUCAUUAGACCCCCAGAAGAGAAGGUCUACAGUUGAUGGAGAUAUCGGAGAUGAUGUCAAAGUACAAGUGGACAAGGAAGUGUGUCGUCAGAUGAAUGCUGUCUUCAAGGAGCUUGCCUUUCGCCAGGAGCAGUCCUUCACUGAGACCUCCUCUGCUUCUGUAUCACCCCCACAAAACCCUCAGAGGAGAGGGAACACGGUGCCGAAAGGAAAAGGCAUUUUUAAACCAUCACAGCAGACGGACUGAGAAAUGGAAAAGGACCAUUAAGCUGGACACACGCUGAGAGUGAGGGGGAGCAGCGAGUCUGUUAGCAGCAAUGAACAAAAGAGAGCUUAACAGAAACGGUAGUGCGAUCUGUUUUUGUGAAGAUUCAGUGGUUCAGUUCCUCACAGUGUAAAAAAGUAACUUAAUAGGCUUCCUCAACAGUGGGGAAGUAUUCACUGAGUAUUUUAUGAUCAUAUAACAGAAGCAAAUACUGUUCCCUUGCCCCUCCUCUAUAUAUGACUGCCAUUAACAAACCUACUGUGACCUAAAACAUGAUGAUUCUGUUAGUUUGAGUAAUAAUUUAUUUUCUAAAGCUAUUUAUUCCCCAAAUCAUGCACAAUAGGCUAUAAAAUAUUGAUGUUUUGCAAUAAAAUAUUUCAACAAGUCACCACAUCUACAUCUUUGUUUGACAUUAAAGUCAUCUAUCAAACCUUA